GGCCUGCAGGAAAUUUGGCGUUACAACUCCAGACAUUAAGGCAGGAGAGGGAGAGAGGAGGAAGGAGUGAAUGGGGAAAGAGAAGGGACACUGAAAGAUAUUGGCUCAAGGAUAUCACUUCAUUUUUACAUUUUUUAACCUGAGACUUUAUCAACAAGUUAUAUGCUGUCUGAGUGAAGGACUAUGGCUGCUUGCGUGGUUUAAAACUUUCAAUUCAGACUGAAGAUGGAACUGUAUUCCUUUUAGCUGGACUGCCUGAGGACCUAUUACAUCAGACGAAAUGACAAUGAUUAAAAUCUGCUAAAUCUAAAUCUGAAUCUGACACUUCACUGUUUGGAUUCCUGCCCCCCCUCCCCCUAAAUCUCAACUUCACGCCGCUCCACUUUUUCCGUCAAAAAAAGAGAGUUUUUCUAUCUGUGAAGUCAUAAUUUGAGGAAUAGUGGGGUAUCACGUUCUCUUCCUUGAGAAAAUUGCCCAGGCGAGAGAGUGGAGUUGAGCUAAUUGUAGCCUAAUCCCCGGCCCAGAGGCGCUCGGGCAGCCCGGAGCGAGAAUUUUCUUUUUUAGCUCCGCUCUGUUAUUUAGAGAAGGAUUAUUGGCUUUCUUUCCUCUCAUAACAAACCACAGGGGCAGUUUUCAUUUAGGCAAAGAAAAAAGACAGACAAGAGGCAGGAAAAGAAAGAAAAAAACCGGGAGCAGGAUUCCAACAAGAGCGCACAUUUUUUACGCGUAUCCGAAUAAAAGCGGAGAAGGGGGGAAGGAGAUCAUCUCAUCUAUGUUCAAGGAGGGAAGAAGCAUGUCACGGCUGUCUCUGACCCGGUCCCCGGUCUCUCCCCUGGCCGCUCAGGGGAUCCCUCUGCCGGCUCAGCUGACCAAGGCGAACGCCCCCGUGCACAUCGACGUCGGAGGACACAUGUACACCAGCAGCCUUGCGACCCUCACCAAGUACCCAGACUCCAGAAUCAGUCGCCUGUUCAAUGGCACCGAGCCCAUCGUGUUGGACAGCUUGAAGCAGCACUACUUCAUAGAUCGGGACGGCGAGAUAUUCCGCUACAUUCUCAGUUUUCUGAGGACCAGCAAACUGCUGCUUCCAGAGGAUUUCAAGGACUUCCACCUGCUGUACGAGGAGGCUCGUUACUACCAGCUGACGCCCAUGAUCAAGGAGCUGGAGCGCUGGAAGCAGGAGCGCGAACAGCGGCGGAUGGCACAGCCCUGCGACUGCCUCGUGGUCCGGGUCACGCCCGACCUCGGUGAGAGGAUCGCCCUGAGUGGGGAGAAGGUCCUCAUAGAGGAGAUCUUCCCUGAGACCGGAGACGUUAUGUGUAACUCAGUCAACGCCGGCUGGAACCAGGACCCAACGCACGUCAUCCGCUUUCCUCUCAACGGCUACUGCAGGCUCAACUCCGUGCAGGUGCUGGAGCGUCUUUUCCAGAAGGGCUUCAGUGUGGCGGCUUCAUGCGGAGGCGGAGUGGACUCGUCCCAGUUCAGCGAGUAUGUGUUGUGUCGUGAGGACCGGCGGAGCCUCUCAAUCAACACUCCUAUCAGGAUAAAACAGGAACCCCUGGACUAGAAAUUAUUUUUUUCCAAGGUGGAGAAGGACUGGCAACAAACCCUCUCCUCCUCCUCGUCCUCCAUCUUUUCACACCGCCCCAUUUCACCUCCACCUCCCCCCUGUCUGCCCCCGAUGGACCACAGCCUCCCCUCCAAGAACAUAACUAAGUAUUAGCAGAGGCUUUUAACCUCACUGACUCUGCUGAACUCCAUGGGGAAUGUAGGACCAAACAGAGGAGAAAGGCAUCAGCGACAAAAAGUUUUUCAUUCUGUUUGAAAAUUACCCAAAGAAUCUGUUGGACCGUCAGGUGCUUUGGCAUCUCACAGCUCUCUGUUUUUAGCGCAGAUUUACUGACUGAUUUUCCCACAGCUACUUUAAGAAAACAAUGUACAGCAAUCUGCACCACCUCUGUCAUCCAGUCCUGUUUCUGUGGGACCAGCUUCCGCUCUGACUGGUAACACAAGGGGCCCGCUGUGGCCCAGGGAAGCUUUAGCAGGCAGGAUGUUUUUAAGGAUGACAAGAUAAGGACAUCAUAUAAUUUUGUGAGGCCCCAAACUCCUGUGACCCUGGCAAACCUCAGCGGGCUCAGCAUUGUUUGCUAAAAUGUUUCUGUUUUCCUCGUCCGCUUUGCUGUUUUUAUCAUCACAUGGUGUAAACUAUUGUUAUUAAUAGGAUUAUUUUUAAUGUCUCUUCCCCCACCCCCUUUUCUCCAAAAUGAAGGAUGUACAAACAUUGUAUUCAUUAGGCUUCGAGAGCUUGCGAGGGAGCGUUUCUUGGCAAUGGCUGCAGCAACUCGGAUGUCUGCAGGCUAUGUGGCAAAAGCAAUCUGACUGGCAAUGAAAUCGGAGCCAGAAAAAGUCCUAUUGUUUGAGCAGAAAUGGAAGAAAACCUCGACGUUUCCACAUUGUUUAUAGUCAAAUGGGUUGUGCACAUAAAAAAAGAAGGCUGCUCUAAAAUUUCUGCUUUUUUGCUAUAAAAUAGACAGCACCAUGAAAACAUCUUUACCCCCUUUUUUGCUAAAUUUACUGCUUCAGAUAAUUAAAGAACUUUAAAUAUCAGACAAAAAUACCAUGAGCAAAUGCAAAAUACAGUUUUUAAAUGAUGAUUUCUUUUAUUAGGAGAGAAAAGCAACCUAAAACAACCAUUUAACUGGGAUUAACCACAUUUUGGUUUUGUUUUACUAGCUACAUGUAGCCGUGAUUACAGCCAGAUCUGUAGAAUCAAAAGAACCUGUCUCAUAAUAUGAAGAAGGCUGAAAGAGUUUAUAAAAGCAAUACAUCAUACCCCGAUUAAAAGAAAUUCAAGAACAAAUGAGAAACAAAGUCAUUCACAUCUGUCACUCUGGGAAGGGUUACAAAGCCACUUGAAAAAGGGAGAAAUCCCAGGUGGAGCAUUGAAAGGAGAUGAGAAUCAAGUGGAGUGAUGUAGGAAGGCUAAGAAAGAUUCAAAUCAACAUCCAAAUCAUUGCAGGCCUCACUUGAAUCAGUCAAAGCAAAAAUUCAUGAUUCCAAAAUAAUAAAGAGCCUGGCUAAAAAUGAAACAAAAACUGUUGGGGCAAUUACCUACUCACUCAAAACCAGGUUGUUUUUGAUCAUUUUCUUUUCCUCAAUUAUUAUAAUAAUAAUUUUAAAAACAGAUUUUUUCAUUUAGCAUUGUUAUCUUUGUCUAAUGUUAAAAUUACUUUGCUGAUCUUAAGCACUUAAGUAUGACCAAAAAAAUUAAAAAGAGAAGAAAUCUGGAGGAAUGUCUGAUCAAACUGUCUCCUGUUUAGCACAAGUUUUAGAGCUGCCAUUUAGCGUGUCUCUGAAUCAGCAGGAGAUGUACUUUAAAUGCUUAAUGUUUGUUUGCACUUGACAAAGUUUACCACAGACCUGCCCGGACCCACUCCUUCCGAGCAAUCAUUACCGCCCAGCAAACAACGCCAAGUCAAGCUGUUUUACGUUUAGGUGUACGUUGGGAUUAAAGUACUGAAAGUCAUGGAGGAAAAUUGGGUAUCCAACAGAACAAACUGUGCCAGUUUUGUUGAUUGUACAAGCAUCAAGAUGUUCUUUGAGCCGCGCUGCAUUAUUUAAAACCGUAUGAAGGAUGCAAACAUUUGAUUCUCCAAGUCCUGACAGUUCUGUUUGAAUAUUGUCACUUCUGAGUCCAGAUUCAGAGGUUGUUCACACAUUACAUUUGGCAGAACCUAAAGUUGAAUUGCUCUCCCAACAUCAAUCUGUUGUUCACAAAGAGACGAGUGGGCGGCAUUUUCCUUCUCUUCUUCUCUUGCUCUUACACUCAGCAUAUCUUUGAUCAAAGACAGAAGCAAGAAAGUUUUCACGCUUCUUAUUUGUGCAUAACUUAACUAUGCUGUUUCUUCCAUUCCAAAAGCCGGAGUUGAAACAAAAAAAGCAGCUCAACUCUGAUCUUUGUUGGUGCUGGCAGUUACUUGAUUUAAACUGGGUUUGUUUCUUUAGUUUUUCAUUAAACUUGGGUUCUGCAGUCUGAACAGGAGCAGAGAGCGGAUGAAGUUUCUCACAAAGCAACCCGUCUUUGUUCUGAUUUGCUCCUUUUGGAUCCAGUUGCCUCAAAGGGAAUGGUCAACCAGGCUGUUUUUUCAUGUGGAGAGGCAUGUCUGGCUCUCUCGCGGAGCUCCCCCGGCCCCUUCCUGCCUCCCCGUUUACAGAACGCCCUCCUACGCCGGACCACACCGCAACAAACCAAACAAACUGAUGAGUCAAAACACAAGCAGGCUCACAACAUGCAAGGCAACUCGACUCUGCAGCUGACCUCAACUUACUUUGGUUGUUUUUACCGCUGAAGGUAAAACCAAUUUGUGCUUCAGUAAUGUAAGACUUAAGGCAUCUCGUAUUACCUUUUAGGAGAUGAAAUUUGUGAUUUUGAAAAAGAAAUAUGCUCCCUUUUAGACAUCUCGAUGCAUUUGGAACAACUGGAAAUUUUUAGAACAUCUUCCCUGUUGUCGGCCCUUUUCAGAUGAAGCACUCGUCAGUAUUCACCGCUCCUCCAAGGCGGCUCCAUUUGUACAGUUACUGUGAACUGAAUUAUCAGGACUCGUAGGCCUUAUGGGACCUUUAUGUUUUUGAGAGAUCUAAAAGCCACUUCACAGUAAGGAGUUAAAAGAAAAGUCAGAACAUUACAUUGUGUACAUAUGGAUAAAAAAAAACAUUUCAAAGCGUAUAAUAAGGUGCAAAUGUAUAUUAUUUAAAGUGUUUAAAACAAUUAGACUGUGGUAUUAAAGGGCAUGUGUUCAUUUACAGUGUCUCCAUUUGACUUUUCUUGCAUAUUUGCGAUAAUAAAAGGAUGUACUGUAUAAAUUAACUUUGUCUCAUUCAGUCUUUUAGAAAGGUUGAUGGUUUUAUAACAGCUCCCAACAUCUAGCAAUGUUUAUGACAAACGUAUUUACAAUUAGAACUUUGUAAAGAUACAACCACAAAUGC